AUGAAGCCCAUCUCCCACGACAUACCAGCCAUGACUGUCGCCUCAGAGUAUCGAGUUAAAGCUAAGGCAGAGACUACAAAACGCCUCCUUGCGCAAUUGGUCAAUGAAGGAUUAGUGAACCUCACGUUGUGUCCUGGCACGAAAUCCCCCGGGGGGCUAGAAGGUCAGAUCACACCAGAAUGUGACGAAUCUCGUUGUAUAAAAACCGAGGUUGUACAGAGGCAAGGGUCCAUCUGGCGACCAAAGGAUUUCAAAGUGCCCGUCACCCUCUGUAACGAAGUUGUGGAAACCCAGGAAGACAACCCGGGCACGAUAUUUGAAUUCAUAUCAAUUGGAUUUGCAUGCAAUGUGGAAACAAGGGAAGCGGUUGCGCGCGAAUUGCGCAACUCUGCGGAUAUGCUAGAUAUGUUGAAUCCCGGGCUGUCCUUCGUGAUACUUUCGCGCUCAUCAGCCUGUGUUUUUGGACCUUUCGAAGAUCUCCUGCGGCCUCUUCGGGAACUCCUAAAAGUUGAAAUCUCAACGACAGAGGACAAGAUCAUUGUACCGUGUCUAUCGCAGCAUUUACCGUCAUUGCAUAAUUUCUUCCCUGAGGCGGAGAUUGUGGCGUCAGUUCCCCACUGUGCACAGGCUCAAGCGUCUAUCCGAUCGGUGUCUGUCCCCGGCUACGGAUUCGACAUCAAAUUUUCUUUGGCAUGUCUAAUCACAUCCGCGCUCCGGGUUCUUCCAUGCUGGUCUGCCGCUGCAGCCUCAAGCAUCACGCCUGUUCUCAUGAAGCUCUUCCCGCCGGACCUCUGGACCUGCAUCUUACGGGAGAAUAUGGAAGCCAAAGCCAACGAAAGAGAUGAGACUCUGAUCCUCGCUUCUGCAUUGAUGGAAAAACCAUUCGGCAGGGAUAUAACAUAUGCCGAAAUCCUUUUUGAUUUAACGACGGUGGAGCAGAAAUUGAAAUGGUUCCAGAGCUAUGUCCAUCAAUUAUUACGACUUGCGUUGGAUCCCUUGCUGCGUCACGGAAUAGGAUGUGAGUUUCAUGGGCAGAAUACUGUCGUUCGCGUCCAUCGCAAGACAAAGGCAAUCAUGGGAUUCGCAAUCCGAGAUGCUGCAGGAAUAAAACUGCACAGAUCCUCCCUUGAGAGGCAGGGUUUCGAUACCACUAACUUCAGCGGACUGUGUAGUGAUGACCUGCACGUUGUUUGGGAUAGAGUCCACCAUGCAAUCCUCCAUAACAAUAUUGGAUUCAUGCUAGAUGCUCUGGACUUGGAAAGAUCACACAAUGGUUGGGCUAUUGUCCGGUCUGAGCUUUCUAGUAUUCUUGUGUCGGGAGAUAAUCCGAUCGGAAAGGAAGUAUAUCGCUACUUUUGUCGGGAGACGAUGCCUUUUAAGAGCUUCAUUAGGAUGAGGAUAAACGCUUGUUUUAACUCUUCAAUGAAGUUAGUGGAGAGAGAGGUUCCAAAUGUUCUGUACCAAAAAUCUCCAUGGUUACUUCAGUUAUCCUUAUCUGGCACCCAAACUUCUGAAUUUCCCGUUCUUCCGAAUGAGAUCGGGUCAGAGAUGCGCAUCCUUGAGAGAGAAGCGGUAGAAAAAUCCCUUGUAACCUGUGUGAGCCCAUAUGGGGAAAUUCCACCAGUUUCACGACGGUUGAAUCCAUUUCCGGCUCUACUCCCACGACGGUUCCCAGAUGAUAUACAGGUGUUCCAGGAAGCCCUGGUCAUUGCACUUAACAACAUUGUUGAGAGGUGGUGGAAAGACGUGGAGGCUAACUUUCCAAGUCGAAUGCCCCCUUGA